AUGGCUUACUCCCUUGAGGGGCCUGACUGGCUGCGGAAGUGCCUGGCACCACAGUCUUUCAAAGUUUUCUCUCUCAUCGGGGUGUUCUUUGCCAUUGGGGAUAUCCUAGAGAUGCAGUCGAUGUCGGCUAUGGACGGCGCGGUGUAUCAAGUCCUUGGCCAGUCCAAGCUCAUCGUGACGGCCAUAACGCUGUGGGCUGUGAAGGGCCACAACCAGACGGCCCUGGAGUGGGUGGUCCUCGCCUUGAUAGUAGCCUCCAUGAGCACGUUUGUCCUCGAAGACCACAACAACAGUACUCGUAGUGAGGCCAGCUACUACGUAUCGCAGCCACAAGAGAGUCUAUUUAGUAAACUGUUGGGUAUAGGGUAUGUGAUGUUCAAGGUAACGAUAUCGUGCUUAUGUGCAGUGUUGGCGGAUAAGUACAUGAAGCAAUUUUCGGACGUUCCCUUUUAUAUACAGAUGGCUCAGUAUAAGAUCGCUUGGUUCACGACUUGUGUAGCCCUGGCAUACGCCCUCGACUGGGAGGGAGAGCUGACCCAGUUUGGUUUCUUCCACGGUUGGACUUGGUCUACCUUGUUGGUCACUAUCAGCUUUACGAUCAAAGGCUGGUGUACGAUGUACCUAUUGCGAAGUCUCGAUUCUGUUCUUAAAAACAUCGGCGAGGCCCUCGCGGUAAUCGCCGUUUAUCUGUGUUCUAUCUUGCUGUGGGGAAAGGCAUUCGACUCGGCGGCGUUCCUUAGCAUGUCUUCCGUUGUGUUGGCGGUGGUGACCUACACCCUGGUCGUCAGGCUAGAGACUAAGAACAAGCGUUUGAUGUACAUGUUGGUGGAGAUACAGGAUGACGUUCCCUUCGUGUCUGCUCCUGCACCGUCGGGAGAUAAACGCUAG